UUUGUGUUUUGUUGAGUUUUUUAGCCGUGUCGGAAGGGGGCGCCAGUCGUCGCGUCGAACCCGCUAUGGCGUCCCGAGCGGCAACACUCGUCCAUUGAGUUGUUUUUCAUUGUGACGUUGUUUACCCUCAGCUCUCGACCCUCGGCCGGCCGCCGGUGAAAAGCGAUUUCUGCCAAGGAUCAGCGAGGCCCGGAACCCUCCGACGAAGGAGGCCGAUGAGCUCUCGACCUUCUGGCUUUUAGGAGAGAAGUAAACGCAUCGAAAUGACCACCUCGACCAGCUUCGCCUCCAAGUCGGCCGGCGACCAAAGCUUCCAGCAGCUCGACCUGAGCGGAAAGCUCAUAAUCAAGGUCCAACUCGGCGACGACGUACGCCGGAUUCCCAUCCACAACGAAGCCAUCACCUACGACGAGUUGGUCCUGAUGAUGCAACGUGUCUUCAGGGGAAAGCUCAACAGCUCAGACGACAUCACCAUCAAAUACAAAGACGAAGAUGGUGACCUAAUAACAAUUUUCGACAGUUCCGACCUCUCCUUCGCCAUACAAUAUAGCCGGGUUCUCAAACUAACGCUUUUCGUAAGCGGGGAGGGAAACAAGAGCGGCCUCUACCAGCCGCCGCAGACUUACAAAAUCCGGAGCCAACUCCGGACGAUUAGAGACAGCAUCAACCAGUUUCUGGACAUGGUAGAGCCCAGGAACUACGAGUCACAUUCAACUUCGUCACAAGAAAACGAUAACAAACCGAAUGGAGGUAUAUCCAGCCAGGCUAGCUCUAAAGAAUUUGAUCCGCUCCAGAGCGAUGACAAGUCAGUAGAAGAGAAGAAACAAUCCGACUCAGGAAAAGACACGCCGAUAUCGAAAGCGGAGGAUACAAAGGGGCCUUUGGAAGUACAGCAAGCUGAACAAGCACAGAGGCUGCUUAUCCAGCAACAGCAGCAACAACAACAGCUUGCUGCAGCACAAUCUGCUGGCAUGCAGCUAAGCAGCCAUGGCCACCACCCUGGCCACAAUGCGGCUGCAUUGCAGCAGCAGAUGCAGCAGCAAAGUUAUAGUGUUGGCCAAUAUUCUGUUACUGGAAUGAUGCCAGCCUCUUCGUCUUCUUUCAACCAGUAUUCACCGUACUUGCAAGGGGAAACGAUGUACAAGCGGCGUUGCAAGUGGAACCUAUAAAGCAAAAGUGACAAAAAAUAAUAACAACUUAAAACUUAAUUUUUAGUUUUCUUUUUUGGUUAUUUAAACAAAAAAAAUUAUCAAUCUACUGACAGCUAGUUAAGUAAAACUGAUUAACUUAGCGUGUUUCCGAUGUGAUACAAUGUACCUAAGAUUUUUUUUUCUCAAAAAAAGAAAAAUUCUAGUUUUUCUUUUGUUUCUUUUUAUUUUUUGAAUUUUGAAGUCCUGAUUUUGUAAUAAUAGAGACUUCAUUGCCAGGAAUGCUGUGUAUGGUUUUUAAAAAAGUAUUUUCUAAUUUAUAAAAGUAUUGUCCUUGAUUUUUUUACAUUCCUUCUUCUUUUUUUUAUUUUUAAAGAAUACUCAAAACAAAUUGUAGGAAUAAGUUGGAUAUUUUAUAGAGAAAUAUUUACAUUUGAUUAAAAAUAAUUAAUUUCUGGCUUCUAGAAUCAGUUUUGCUCAAAGACAGUUUUUCUCUUAGAAUUUUUUUUAUAAGUGAUAGACAAUAGAUCUUGUUUUUAUUCCUUGUGUUUUACAUAAUAACAAUGCUAUGUAUUUGUAAAGAAAAUACUGUGCUGCAGUGUUAAGUUUAGCUUUUGAGACAUAAAGUCAUCUUACC